UAAGUACAGACACGUUGUGCUGAGAGGGCACGGGAUAUAUAAGAAGAUCGUGAGAGAUAAGAUUACUUUUAUGUCUGUCACUCUACAAUCUACAUCAAGAUGAAGAUGAUGUUAGUUUCCGCCGUGUUUGCGACGUUGAUAAUGUAUGCGACUUGCGUACUUCCGACUGUGUCCCAAGACGACCACCUUCUUGUCGUGCUGCAAGCCAUGCACCACAGUAACACGUUCCGUCAACUUCCCACCAUGGAGAAGGUCAUCCUUGUGGAAAUGCUUGCAGCGGCGGAAUCUGACCAAAUCACUCACUAUGUAGAUACGAUAGGCUUCGACAGAGUUCUUCUCUUCCUUGACCACGUCAACAGAUACAAUCAGACAGAGGCCCAUUUACUGGAGAAAUACCUGAUACAGGAACUGGCAGAGGAAGAAACGACACCAUCGGCAACAACGUUCCGCAGAAGUCUCCAGAGCGUCAUCCACACCAUCACCAGUAAUGAUGCCUUCCAGCAUCUAUCCGAUACGGACCAAACCUUGAUGCUGGACCUCGCAGAAGCAGCCGAGCACGGAAAUGCCACAGCCUUGGUGAAUCAAGUCGGAUACUCUAAGAUUCUUGCCUUGGUGGAACAUAUCAUGUCGCCAGCAGAAACUCACGUAUUCCUGCAAUAUUUGGUUUCCCACAUCGAAAAAGAACUUGGACACAACCACCAUCAUGGGCCUGUUGUUGGGUGAUGUCACAGUCCUGAAGAAUGAUUUAGCUGUAGCUCCGCCUACUCUAUACGAAUGAACCAAUAAACAGACAGCCUGAUAUGACAUU